AGAGCAAUCACCUCACAGACUUGUACCGAAGAGACGAGACCAUCCAGGUGACAGGACACGGCCACGUGCAGAGCCCUCGCUUCCCCAACAGCUACCCCAGGAACCUGCUCCUGACGUGGCGGCUCCAGUCCCAGGAGAAAACCAGGAUACAGCUUGCCUUCGACCACCAGUUUGGCUUGGAGGAAGCCGAAAAUGAUAUCUGUAGGUAUGAUUUUGUGGAAGUUGAAGAUGUAUCUGAAACCAGUACCAUAAUUAGAGGACGGUGGUGUGGACACAAGGAAGUUCCUCCAAGGAUAACAUCAAGAACAAACCAAAUUAAAAUAACAUUCAAGUCUGAUGACUACUUUGUGGCUAAACCUGGAUUCAAGAUUUAUUAUUCUUUUGUGGAUGAUUUCCAACCCGCAGCAGACUCAGAGACCAACUGGGAGUCAGUCACAAGCUCUAUCUCAGGGGUAUCCUAUCACUCUCCAUCAGUAACGGACCCCACCCUCACUGCGGAUGCUCUGGACAAAACAGUCGCAGAAUUUGAUACCGUGGAAGAUCUGCUCAAGCACUUCAAUCCAGAAUCAUGGCAAGAAGAUCUUGAGAAUCUAUAUUUGGAAACCCCCCAUUAUCGAGGCAGGUCCUACCAUGAUAGGAAGUCAAAAGUCGACCUGGACAGGCUCAAUGAUGACGUCAAGCGCUACAGUUGCACUCCCAGGAAUUACUCCGUCAACUUAAGAGAGGAGCUGAAGCUGACGCACGUGGUCUUCUUUCCCCGGUGCCUCCUUGUGCAGCGUUGUGGGGGCAACUGUGGCUGUGGGACCAUCAACUGGAAAUCCUGCACGUGCAGUUCCGGGAAAACUGUGAAAAAGUAUCAUGAGGUAUUAAAGUUUGAACCUGGCCAUUUCAAGAGGAGGGGCAGAGCGAAGCACAUGGCUCUCGUUGACAUCCAGUUGGAUCAUCAUGAGCGCUGUGACUGCAUCUGCAGCUCACGACCACCUCGAUAAAAGAGUGUGCACAUACUUACAUUGAGCAUGAAUGAAUCUUUAGUUUAAGGAGGGUGUGGUAAGAGACCCUUUUCCCACCAGCAACCGAACUUAACUACUAGCCUGCAAAGCAAUGAAUACAAGUGGUUGCUGAGUUUCAACCUAGCUUUGUUAGCCAUGGCAAGUAGAAAAGUAUAUCAUCAACUUCUGUAUCCCAGAAUAUAGGAUUGCAUUUAAUAAUAGUGUCGGAGAAUAUAUACGUAUAUAUACAUAUGUAUAUAUUCUCCAUGUCUAUGUGUAAAUACAUCAAAUGGUUUAUUCAGUGUAUACAACCAGAGCUGACAUAUGGUGGAGUUAUUUAGACCCUUAAAAUCUUUUGACUAAUUCAGGGACAUAUUAAAUACAUGAAACAUGGCCUUGGAAGAUUCAGAAGAUUAUUUUGUUUAUUUUUAAACUCGAAUCACAAAACAGUCUUGGAUCUUGCUCUUUUAAAGAAAACACAUUGUAUAUUAAAAACCAAUAAAUUAGCUUUUCUUAUAUAAACAUCUUAAUUAUAAAAAAAAGAAAAGAAAACUAUGGCUUCUGGGAAAAGCACAG